GGACAGGUGGGAGCAGUUAGACGACUGGAGACGCGGAGACCGGCGCGCAGAGAGAGGGAGGGAGAGGCAGGGGACGCAGACAGGAGGGAGAGGGCGUAGCAGCCUCGCGCGCCCUCCCUGCAGACGCCCUCCUCUGUCCGAGGGAAGCGGCCGGGGCGCGGAGUGGCAGAACGAGAUGCGGGUGCAGAAGACCGGGAGAAGGUCCCUGCCUCGCUAGUGGGACCAAGAGUCGCGGAGGGACCGCCGCGAGGGGCAGCUCGGAGAGCGGAUCGCGCGACGGCGGCAAGCCCGCGGUGGGCUGCCGGGCUGAGGGACAGACGGCCAGACAGACAGACGUGCCCGGGGACGGACUGGCAGCCAGGAGGCGGGAGCUCGCUCCCUCUCCGCAGCCAGGGGCCGAGAAGGCGGCGGCGGCGCCCCGCGAGCGCAUCUGAGCAGCGGGGAGCCGCAGGGACCUCGGGGUCACCGGCCGAAGCCGCUGCUGUGGCCGCAGCCCUGGGUGCCGCAGCCCUGCCGGGAGCCCCGCCGCCGACGCCGCAGAAGGCUCCUUUUAUUAGCAGUUGAAUAAAUCGACCCAAAAUAAUAACAAUAAUAAGCCAAAGCAAACAAAUAGAGCCAAGUCAUCCGUGAGAAACAAUAAUACUAAUAAAAGCCACAAACCAAAAUCAAUCAAGGAACAGAGACGCUGGGGGGACGUCCACUUUUCGGUCAAGGUGGACGAUGUGUCAGACCGUGUAAGGGAAUCACAUGGAGAUGGGCGUUUUGAACUGUUAAUGGGGACAUGGGACUCCCGUUGUCUCUGAUCCCACGUGUGGAUUUUCCCAGCGAAGGACAGAAGCGGCUCGUAAGCUGCCAAGACCGGCAGCCGGACUCCUGCAGGAAAGGGUGUCAAACCUUGUGAUUUUAAUUUGCAUCUGGGAGAAUGUCUGAGCCAGGAGACCUGAGUCAGACCAUAGUGGAGGAAGGUGGGCCUGAGCAGGAGACGGCCACUCCGGAGAAUGGUGUCAUUAAAUCUGAAAGUCUGGAUGAGGAGGAGAAACUGGAAUUACAGAGGCGUCUGGCGGCUCAGAACCAAGAGAGAAGAAAAUCUAAGUCAGGAGCAGGCAAAGGGAAACUGACUCGCAGCCUUGCUGUCUGUGAAGAGUCCUCGGCCAGACCAGGAGGGGAAAGUCUUCAGGACCAGGAAUCAAUUCAUUUACAGCUUUCCAGUUUUCCCAGCCUGCAAGAGGAGGAUAAAUCUAGGAAAGAUGACCCUGAAAGAGAAAAAGAAAAGGAUAAAAACAAAGAUAAAACCUCUGAAAAACCCAAGAUCAGAAUGUUGUCAAAAGAUUGCAGCCAAGAAUAUACGGAUUCUACAGGCAUAGAUUUACAUGAGUUUCUGAUUAACACGUUAAAGAAUAAUUCCAGAGACAGGAUGAUACUCCUGAAAAUGGAGCAGGAAAUUAUUGAUUUCAUUGGUGACAACAAUAAUCAUUAUAAAAAGUUUCCUCAGAUGUCAUCCUAUCAGAGGAUGCUUGUCCAUCGAGUGGCCGCUUACUUUGGGCUGGAUCACAACGUGGAUCAAACAGGGAAAUCGGUCAUCAUCAACAAGACCAGCAACACAAGAAUACCAGAGCAAAGGUUUUGUGAACAUUUAAAAGAUGAAAAAGGUGAAGAAUCCCAGAAGCGGUUUAUCUUGAAGCGAGAUAACUCUAGUAUUGAUAAAGAAGACACUCAGCAAAACAGAAUGCAUCCAUUUAGAGAUGACAGACGAAGUAAAUCAAUUGAAGAGAGAGAAGAGGAGUAUCAGAGAGUGAGGGAGAGAAUAUUUGCACAUGAUUCAGUUUGCUCCCAGGAAAACCUCUUUGUGGAAAACAGUAGGCUCUUGGAAGACAGUAACAUAUGCAGUGAGACCUAUAAGAAAAGACAGCUCUUUCGGGGCAACCGAGAUGGCUCAGGGAGAACUUCAGGAAGCAGGCAGAGCAGCUCCGAGAAUGAACUCAAGUGGUCUGACCACCAGCGGGCCUGGAGCAGCACAGACUCCGACAGCUCCAACCGCAAUCUCAAGCCGGCCAUGACCAAGACGGCGAGUUUCGGGGGCAUCACGGUGCUGAGCAGGGCUGACAGCACGUCCAGUAGCAGAAGUACCGGGAAGCUGUCCAAAGCAGGUUCCGAGUCCUCCAGCAGUGCAGGCUCCUCAGGAUCGCUGUCACGCACAUAUCCGCCUCUCCAGAGCACUCCGCUGGUCUCGGGUGUGGCAGCCACUUCUCCUGGCUGUGUGACCUACCCAGAGAAUGGGAUGGGGAGCCAGGUUGCUCCCAGCAGCACCAGCUACAUCCUCCUUCCACUCGAAGCUGCCACAGGCAUCCCGCCCGGAAGCAUCCUGCUUAAUCCACACACAGGUUGGCCAGCCCUUGUGAAUCCUGAUGGGACCCCCGCCAUCUACAACCCCCCAGCCAGUCAGCAGCCCCUGCGUAGUGCGAUGGUGGGGCAGGCCCAGCCGCAGCCCCAACAGCAGCCCUCCCCGCAGCCCCAACAGCAGGUCCAGCCAGCCCAGCCACAAAUGGCCAGUCCCCUGGUCACUCAGGGGCUGCAGGCUUCCUCCCAGUCCGUGCAAUACCCAGCUGUGUCUUUUCCUCCCCAGCAUCUCCUGCCUGUGUCGCCAACGCCGCAGUUCCCCCUGAGAGAGGACGUGGCCACGCAGUUCAGCCAGAUGACCCUGAGCCGGCAGUCCUCGGGGGAGACUCCCGAGCCCCCCGCUGGUCCCGUCUACCCGCCAUCCCUCCUGCCUCAGCCCACCCAGCAGCCAAGCUAUGUCAUUGCUUCCACGGGUCAGCAGCUUCCCACAGGGAGCUUCUCUGGCUCCCAGCAAGUCCUCCAACCCCCUGCCUCGCCACAAGGAUUCGUGCAUCAGCCUCCACCCACACAGAUGCCCGUGUAUUAUUAUCCGUCUGGUCAGUACCCUACCUCAACCACACAGCAGUACCGGCCCAUGGCCUCGGUUCAGUUCAGUGCUCAGAGGAGCCAGCAAAUACCGCCGACGGCGCAGCCAGCAGGUUACCAGCCAGUCUUGUCUGGUCCGCAGGGGUUCCAAGGCCUCGUGGGGGUGCAGCAGCCACCUCAGAGUCAGGGCGUGAUGAGCAGCCAGCAGGGAACUCCAGUGCAGAGCGUGAUGGUCUCCUACCCAGCCGUGUCUAACUAUCAGGUGCCAAUGACCCAGGGUUCUCAAGGACUGCCCCAGCAGUCGUACCAACAGCCACUCAUGCUACCUGCCCAGGCAGGCCAAGGCUCCCUCCCAGCCGCCGGGAUGACCGUGUACUGUAACGUCACGCCGCCCACCCCUCAGAACAGCCUUAGGCUGAUGGGCCCGCCCUGCCCCUCCAGCACUGUCCCCGUGGUGUCGGCCAGCUGCAGGACCAACUGUGCCAGCAUGAGCAACGCCGGGUGGCAGGUCAAGUUCUGAGCACUCUGGCCAUGCCCGUGUCUUCCGACACUACCGUGGCCCUUUGCAGGAGGAGGAGCCAGCUGGGCAAACUCGCUGAGGACUUAAGUAUUCACUCCACACCCAAAUGACUGCUGCUGGUAUUCUGUAAAAAAAAAAAAAAAAAAAGACGAAUCCACACGUUAGCUGGUUAAUGGUGCAUAUUUCCGUCAUGUCCGCUAGGUAUGCCUUUCUAGCUUAGCUAGUGACAUGAAUUCAUCAAGGUAAGAUUUUCUCCUACCACUGAAUACCACUGUGUAGACGAUACUAUCCCUAAUUUGGAUUAUUAGUUUUGUACUUUGUGUUGAGUUUGUGAUGCUAAGAAGUAUUUAAAAAAAUUAUAUACUGAAAUCACAUUGUACCAAAGCUGUAAUGGAAAAGAAAAGAAUUGAUGAAUGGAAGGAAUAAUUUAUAUACACAAUAGAGUUUUCUUUUUUUAAUGGAUAUAUACUGUAUUGUAGUGUUUAAGCAAAAUAAAACUAUUUGACCUUAUGGAGGAAGGUCAUGUUUUUA